CCAGAGCCAAUUUACAGUUUGCCAUUGAACCUGGUCGGGCGUUCGCCAAAUCAUCGAGCGGGUGAACUUCGUAGUGCCUCCCAGGGAUCCAACCGACAAGAUGCUGCUGCUCCAACUGGGCUCCGUGGCCCUGCUCUUCUGCCUGGCCAGUGGCGCCUCCAAUUUCCCUCCCGAGCUGCCCCGCUGCCACAUGGGCGACACCAGCUGCAUCAUCAACGUGUCCCACAUGCUCAUCCGGCAGUACGCCCGGACUGGCUACGCGCCGGCUGGCUUCCCCCAGGUGGAGCCCUUCCUCAUCAAGCGCUUCGACAUCUCCGACGGACGCACUGGCUCGCUGAACCUCAAGCUCAACUUCAAGGAUGUGAAUGUGGAGGGCCUGUCGGGAGUGAAGUUCGAUAGGGCUGUUGGCUUUGGCGGAGAUCCUGCCACCAGCAAGUUUGAGAUGUACGGCUCCUUCCCCAAGAUCGUUCUGAAGGGCAAGUACGUGGCGGACGGACGCAUCCUGAUCCUGCCCAUUCGCGGCGAUGGCGAUGCCGAGAUCGUGCUGCACAAUCCCAAGUUCUCGGUGAAGUUCAAGCCGGGCACCCAGGUGCGCAAUGGACGCACCUUCCUGAGCGUGGACAAGCUCAAGGUGCUGGUGGAGCCACAGAAGAUGAACAUCCGCCUGGAGAACCUCUUCAACGGCGACCAGGCCCUGGGCACCAACCUGAACCAGUUCCUCAACGACAACUGGACGGAGGUGUGGAACGAGCUGCAUCCCUCCGUGCACGUGGCCAUCGCCGAGAUCAUGAAGAGCAUCCUCACGCAGCUGUUCAAGCGGUUCGCCUACGAGGAUCUCUUCCUGGACAACUGAGCACCAGGUGCUCGUCCGGCAUUAGGCUAAGUGUACGAGUAUUUCCUCACCAGCAUUCACACACAUGGGGCGUUGCAUUCCGGCCAUUGACAUAUCAUCGUAUCUGCUAAGCUAAGCUUUAAGCUGUAGAAAUAAAACAAACAUAAUGCGAAAA